GGCUCAGCUUGAGCCUGGAGAGAGAAAGAGUUAAGCUGCUGACCCUGAGGCAGGGGGCAGCUGUCUGGGCAGUGGUGUGUGGGAGCCACUGGACUAAGCAGCUGAGACAGCGCAGAUAGUGUGAGAAAGUUGUUGAUGAGAGCUGCUGCUGAAUAAAAUCAUCUUUCACCUGCCUACAGCUUCCCAAAUGUUCUUGCUGCUCAUCUACCUACUCCCUUCGGACCUCAGCAUGGACUGGAAGCUGACCCCAAGCAUGAUAAUUGGCAUAGUUGUGAACCCGACAGGCAAUUAAGUGAUGAGACUAGGUGAGAUCAACAGGGAAAUGAGUGUAGAGAAUAGAAGAGAUUCAAGGACUGAGGCUUGGAUGCUGUCCUGUUACGAGUAUAGCGAAAUAAGAGGAAAUAAGCAGAGGGAACUGAGAAAGAGUUGCCAGUGACUUUGGACCAAGUGAGAGGGCGGUGUCCUGGAAGUCAAUGAAGACAACGCUUCAAGGAGGAGUGCAGUAACUUUAAAUUCCUCAAAUCCCCUGAGUGCAAGGCCAUGGCUCAGAGAAGCCCUGCAGACAACGGCAUUAAUCUCCCCUACAAGGACUUGACCUCCGAGGUAACCAGGCGCCGAGUCACCAUGACCACGAGAAAAGAGAUAAUUACCCAGAAAAGUGAUGAAGCCAAGGAGAUGCUCUCCCACUUGGAUUUGGAACAAACCCCUCCCCCUCGCAGGACCCACCUCACAGUACCUCCUGCCCCACCUCCUUCUCCAGCUGAGGAUCCCACAGUCUCCUAAGAUGUGAAACUUAUUUUGAAGUGAAUUCUUACACAGAACUCCAGAAAACAGUUUCAGUGGCAUUCUUGAGGUUUGUCUUAGAAGAUUCUUGAAGAUCUUUGUUCUUUCCUAUUUUUCUUCAUCACCUAGAACCACUAUAGAGCAUGGUUUACCCUUGCUAAUAUACUUAGCCGUUUUUGGUUUUUCAAUCCAAGUCUCUGAUAUGAUAUGCAUAUAUUUUGAUCUUUCAUUCAUGUUAUGUUAUAGAACUGUUGCUGUAGUCAGUUGUAUUCAAAUUAAUAAACAAUUAUCAGGCCUCGUUGUUUAUUACUAAAUCUGAAUCAGUGAAAAGUCUAGGCCUUUGAAGUCCAGAAUUUAAAGAUCUUAGGUCCUGGGAAGCCUGAGGUAGCUGGAUUUUCAAAACACAACCUGAGACACUACAGUUGUGUGGCCCUGUAUUUUGGAGCUGCAUUCCCAUGCCAUGUGCUGGGGCUACGGUGGUUGAGUUUCACGUUUAUUGACAGUGUUUUUAAAGUUUGCUUCCGGGAGAUUUGAAGUGAUUUUCAAACUCUGUAACAGAAAACUCUGCCCUGAAAAGCAGCCAAGUGUAGAGUGGUUCUGCUGGGGAGAAGUCUAUUGCUUGAGUCCUCUCCAAGCUCCUUGACAGGCCCCAGUGCACCUCUAAGGACUUCCAGGGCUCUUCAAAAUUGUUUGAAGGCUUCAAAAAUGUGAUAAUUCUGGCAUACAUAUACAUAUAAAAAGUAUCCCCACGUGUCAUCCUUUAUUUCAUCUGCUUCUUCCUAGAGUCCUUGCAGCUGUUCUCUCUCCGGGCCUGCGCUUAUACAUGUGCUCUGACUCCCCUGUGAGAAAGGGAGCCAAAACUUCUGUACCCCAUUGUGGAGUUGGGGCAAUCACUCUGUGAUCUCCCUGACCCCAUGCAUUUAAUAAAACCAACGUGCCUUCUUUAAAAACAAAAAGUGCUCCAGUCCUUCUACCCCCAUAGUAGCGGACUGUGCCGUUGGUGUGGAAGUUAGGCUUCUUACCUGUGGCCUUCGGCAGUGUGGGGCAGGGAAGGAGCCUGCACUGAGUGUCUGUCAUUGCCAGCUGGAUGCUUGACAUACACAUCUCUCUCUCCUCAGUCUGGUGAGGAAACA